GUUGUUGGAAUGAGAAUUUGAGGGUGCCGGUUACGUUGCUGGUGCUAAUUGUCCAAGGCCUUAAGGCUAUAAUUCUUACCUCUGCUGAUGACAAUGACGCUGCUAACGAUGAUGAUGCCACAAACGACGAUGAUGCCACCAAUGACGAUGAUGCCACCAACGAUGAUGAUGCCGCCAACGACAACGAUGCCACCAACGACUUUGAUGAGAAUGAUGCCACCGAUAAUUAUGAAACCCCAAGUGACAACGAAGCACCAAAUGACAGUGAAGCCCCAAGUAACAAUGGAGCUGCGGACUGUCGAAAAGUUGCACCAAUUUUCGGUGAUUUUUCCCGUGCAAGUUCCUACAUUCAGCGAUCUGAUUUGCAAAUAUCGCUAGUAAAUUUCCUUGGUGAUCUUGAACCCGAAUUUAAGCUUCUUGACCCAAUAUUUGGAAUUUUAGAUAAAUUCUGA